AUGCCUCUGGUUGGCACGGCCCUGUCCAUCGAUAGGCUGCUGGGGCUGCACCUAUUCGACAGCGCAUUCAGCGUGGCUGGCCAGAAGGUCCGGCCGCCCAUUAGCGCAAACAGGGCCGCCAGCACAGCUACAAAUCGCCCCGCAGCGACAUCUGCCUUAUCCACCUCUUCUUCUUCUUCCGCAUCAUCUUUCUACUCAUCGAGAACAAGUUCAUCGUCACACUCAUUAUCAUCAGCUUUAACGCUACUCGGCUUCAUCGCCCGCAACGCAGAACCAUCUUCAGAAGUCCCUCAUCCGCCCGGUUCGACGGCCUCGCCGCUGUCGUCCCCCAUCGCAACCUGGCCAAUGGCGCAGCUACCGGUCGAGAUUUUUGAAAUCAUCACCCGGUAUCUGAGCCGGGCUGAUAUCCAGGCACUUCGUCUGGUGUGCCGAGAGUUUGAGGCCAAGGUCUCAGCCCAGUAUUUCCGCAAUGUCGUCGUGCCCUUCCGCUCGGAGCUCUACACCAAUCUCGACCGUGAUGAGAACAACGUCAUCGCGUCCCGCCUCUUUUCCAGCGGCAUGCGCAUCUUUGAAUCGUUUGGCCCUCACAUCCUUCGCUUUGCCCUGUCGCUCGAGCUAGAUGAGUUCACGCUCGCCUAUCCUCCCGUCAAGCCCGCCCAAGAGGCUGUGCCCGCCUUCUGGGGCAUCUAUCGAUGGCCCCAUGAGACCUAUCAUCGCUACACGGAUCUCGAGGGCCUUGAGCAGACCGCUGAUGAGACCGACAGCAUGAAAAAGGCCCUCCGCUGCCUGACCAAGGUGACCAACCUUGGCCUCUGCUGUGAUGCCGGUCUAGGCUUUCUUGUCGGCCCUGAUCAAGCUCAACGAAAGAUCAGCAACCCUGAUCCCGUCUUUGGUACCCGAGACUGGCGUCCAGAUAGUCGCUCCAGGAAUCACGAGGCAACGGUUACCGUAUCUGACUUCAACGGCGUGCCCCGAGAUCUCACCAAUGCCACCGCUCAGCAUGACAACUUCAAGCGUCGAAUUCUGGAAAAGAUGAUUUCUGAUGCUGGCUUCGCUGGCUUCUAUGUCCACGAGGCUAUUGACCUGCUGCUCGAAACAGAAGGCGUCACAAUCUCCAACAUCGACUUUGAUGAGCGUGAGGCCAUCGUCGUAGAGGAGCAGCCGCCUCAGCCACAGCAGGCAGCAGAUCGAGAUCGACGUCACACCCGUCGGGGCGCACAUCGAGGCUUUAACCCACAGCUCGCUGCACAGCAACAGAUAAUGCCAACACUCCAUGCUGCACCGGUUCUGCAGCACCCGCAGCCGCCUAAUAACCAUCAGCUCCAUCAGCUCCAGCAGAUUCAUCCUCCGCAGCUCCAAUUCCACGUGCCCAAUGCCAUGGGCAUGGGCAUCCAGUGGGCUGCAAAUCAUCAUGCAAAUCUGCCUCCUAUGCCUCCCCGCUUCCGCCGAACUGCUGACAUCUUGGCUGAGCGGGAGCAGGCAUCGGAUCCCAAUACCCGCCAGCCUCUUAUCCCGACUAACCUCACGCGGGCCCAGAAAGAGCUGCUUCUUGAGCUGGAGUGGGCGCAUCGUGCCAUGAUCCAGUCCUAUGUCAUCAGCAUCAUCGACAAUGCUGGAGAUGGCUGCUUCAGAAACUUGACCAACGUGACCAUUGCCAAGAUCCCCAGCGCUCACAUCCAUAUUCUCUGUCGCGAGGAGCUCUGGGAGAGUUUGCCCUGUGUUAAGAACGUCUCCCUUGCCGUUAUUGCUGACUGGAGAAAGAUUUCAAAGCCUUCUCCGGGUGUUGUCGCGGAUACACACAUGUCUCCUGUCGAGGCUGUUCCUAAGGCCUACAAGCUUCUCAAUGACUUCAUUGGACGGCGGGACACCAUUGAAAACGUUCACUUCGAGUGGAUAUGUGGCGGCGAGUUCGCUCGGGGCCCGUACCAGCGCGGCCAGUAUAUCCUGCCGGCUCCUUUCGUUGAGUCUGCAGACAUGAUGAGUGCCCCCGAUGGCGCCAAAGAUACGGAUAAGCUUCUGGCUAUGCCCUUUGUCAAGCACUUCUCCUUGAAGAACUGCUGGGUCUCGCCCCAUGUUCUUAUGCAAACCAUCCGUUCCAUGGCGCUGCGCUCCCUUGACAAGCUGGAAUUUGAGUCCGUAUCUCUUUCCGGGCCGCCCGUUUAUCCUCUUCAGCCAGGCAACGUCCCCCAACCUGCUCUCGACGAUGGCGGCAUUCCGCCCGCAUUGUUCCAGGGCCUUGUUGGCCCCAUGGCUGGAGGCCCCGUUGCACCGCCCCCCAUGUUCCCUCCAGUUGCAAUGCCAAUGCAGAUGCUCUUGCCCGAAGAACAGCAACCCGAGAGGCUUGCAAUGCCAGACCUCUUCACAUGGUCUGGUUUCUGCGAGCACUUUAGCCCCAGCAUCAAAAUGCGCUACCUUCCCCGUUUCCGCGAAUCGGCCGGUGUGGAUGGUGAUACAACCGUCAGGCCAGAGGAGCUUUCUCUACCACACCCCAACAAGGAUUCUUUCCUGCCAUGUGCCGACCAGCUGAAUGGCGAUGAGGCUCAGUACAACCUCAGUUCGAUCUCUUUCAAGUCUUGUGGCUAUGUGUUUAUCGACCUGCGCACUCUCGAGAUUCGAGCUCUCCUGCCACCAGAAGGCCAAGCUGCUCAUGCCUUUGCGAACAGCCUUCGCCAUGACAUGUUUCACUCUAUGCAAUACUGCAAGGAUAAGCUCCUCGGCCGGAUUUUGCCAUAUAUGCUGACGUCUGAAGCGAAGACGCUUGAGCAAAUUUUCCUCAUGGAUCAUGGCUGGAGCAAGGUGUAUCCCAGUCACGUUUGCGAUGAUGCUAUUGCUGAUGGUUUCGAAAUGCCUGGCUUGGGACGCUUUUCCGGCACCCUUGCCAGGGUUGACGACAACCAGGUCGAGAUGAUUGGAUGA